AUGAUAUUUGUGGGUCAGUACAUCGCAGUCGAAGAACUCGGGUGUUUCUAUCAGUCCGUUAAAUCGUUUUCUGAAGGAGAUCAGAUUGUUAUCGUUGGUGGUCGUUUGCAGUCUUUUGUUGGUUCGUCUUACACAGCUAAUGAUGAGGAUUUUGGAAUCAUUAAUCGUAGAAGAUGUCAAAUCUACGUAGCGGCAUUUGGAGGAGAAGAUGUUGUGGCAUCUUCAUUAGUAGUAUAUGAAGGAAUACAGCAGUCAUGUGACAUAAAAUUAAACAUGAAUCAUUGGAAAGCAGCUUGUAUUGAUAAAUGGCCAUCAGAUAUUUCGAAAAUUGGAAUCUUUUUCCGAUGCGUAGCUCGAUGUAAUGAUUUUCUUAGGAAUAAUCCUACGCUGGAAAAUUCAAUUUUUUUAAUAUUUGUUCGAAAUUUUCGUGUAGAUCAUGCACCAAAAGUACCGUAUUUUUACAGAGAAACAUUUUCGGAUGUGGAACUAUGUGGUUGUACAACUCUUGGUGAAAUCGGAUGUUGUGUACCAAAAUCUCCUCUUGUUGAUUCUUCUUUAAGCGAAAAAAAUGUAGAUUAUGAUCUAGCUUUUAGUAUAGUUUUUGCAAUAAUUGGUUUCAGAAAAGCGAACUAUUAA